GCUACCAAGCAAGAUUACUAUCCUUCCCGAUUCAAUGGCUUCCAAAACCCUUCCCUAUCUUUUUUCUACUCUACUUUUCCUUCUCCAACUACAAUUCUCUGCGGGACAAACUGAAGUGAAAGCUGCAUACUGGUUUCCCGGCACAGGAUUGUCUGUUUCCAGCAUAGAUUCCACACUCUUCACCCAUCUAUUUUGUGCCUUUGCCGAUCUCGACCAAACCAUAUACCAAGUCACCAUUUCCGCCUCAAACUCAGCUCAGUUCUCAACCUUCACUCAGACUGUGCAACAAAAAAACCCUUCAGUUAAAACCCUCUUAUCCAUCGGUGGAGGAGAUGCUGUAGCCCCAACUUUUGCUUCAAUGGCUGGCCAAGCUAGUACCCGCAAAUCAUUCAUAGAUUCCUCUAUACAACUAGCAAGGGCUAACAACUUUCAUGGACUUGACCUUGACUGGGAGUACCCCUCCACAGCUACUGAAUUUACCAACCUUGGUUUACUUCUCAACGAAUGGAGAGCUGCAGUGGCUAAUGAGGCCACAAGCUCAGGCAAUACACCAUUGCUCCUAGUUGCAGCUUUCUUUUACUCUUCAAACUAUUACGGUCUGAGUUAUCCCAUUCAGGCUAUAACAAACAGCUUGGACUGGGUCAAUGUUAUGGCCUAUGACUUUACUUCACCAUUCAGUUGGUCAACAGCACCAAAUCUGACUGGAGCUCCUGCGGCCUUGUACAAUCCAACAAGCCAAGUUAGUGGGGAUAGUGGUAUCGCAGCUUGGAUUCAGGCAGGUGUGUCUGCCAAAAAAUUGGUACUCGGUGUUCCAUUUUAUGGCUACGCAUGGAGACUAGUGAAUGCUAACGACAAUGGAAUAUUUGCACCUGCUAAUGGAGCUGCUUUAUCAGAUGCGAUAACUUAUAACGAAAUCAAGGAUUUCAUAGCCCAGAAUAGUGACACAACAACAGUGUAUAAUUCCACGUUUGUUACAAACUAUUGCUAUUCUGGGACGACAUGGAUUGGUUACGAUGAUACACAGAGUAUUUCUACCAAGGUUACAUAUGCUAAGGGAAAGGGAUUGCUUGGUUAUUUUGCGUGGCAGGUUGGUCAGGACAAAGAUUUUGUUCUUUCUCAAACAGCUUCGAGUGCAUGGGGAGCUUAGAAUUUGAGGAUCUGAUGUAAAAGGCUAUAUUAUUCACAAUAAGGCCAAUAGUCUGUCAUGUUAGCAUGUUAUGUCCAAUAAGGGCUAAUGAGUGAUUUUACCAAUGAUGUUUAUGUUGUUGAUAUAUAUAUAUUAUGAAAAUUUAUUUAUUUUGUGAU